CAUAAACUAAGCACCAAUCAAAAGCCAAGUUUCACAAAAAUCCAAAUACAUAGAAACUUGAAGAAACAUGGCUUCCAAAUCUGCCCUUCUCCUCUGUCUCAACCUCCUCUUCUUCACGGUGGUAACCUCCACCUACGUCCCCUGCCCACCACCGCCACGUCAUCAUCAUCCCAAAAGCCCCAAACACUCACCACCAAAGACCCCAUCAUACCCACCAGCACCACCAAAGCAGCCAAGUUGCCCUACCGACGCCGUUAAGUUGGGUGUUUGCGCCGACGUGUUGGGUCUGAUCAACGUUCAGCUGGGGAAGCCACCAAAGACCCCUUGCUGUUCCCUCAUCCAAGGUCUUGCCGACCUCGAGGCCGCCGUUUGCCUCUGCACUGCCCUCAAAGCCAAUGUGUUAGGCAUCAACCUUAACAUCCCCAUCAACUUGAGCUUGAUUCUCAACUACUGUGGAAAAGGCGUCCCCAAAGGGUUUCAGUGCGCUUGAUGAUGAUUAGUUAAGUAGAUCUAUGCAUGAACGUACAUCGGUACACUAUCUCCAUUAAUGUACUGAUGUACUUCUUUUGUUUUGUUUUCUUUUGGAUCAUAUCGUGAAGUUCUAUAGUUAUUGUUGUGUUUUUAUUUUGUGUUUGUAAUCUUGUUCUGUAGCCUUGUUUUGUUUUUCAUUUUUGAUAUAUUAUUGUAUUGCUCUGACGGGGUUGGAAGGCUCCUCAUCUUCCUCCUCAUUUCCAUUGUGUAAUCUCUGGAAUACUUGGUGAAAAUUAAAUCGUAUCAAUAAGUUUAAUUUUA